GCUCUCACACAUUAAAGCAUAAAAUUGUAUAUAGAUUUACCUUAUUCUUUGAGGUUUAUAAUUUCCUCAGAAAUAUGUUUACACCCUAACUGAGUCUCAUACAUUUUUCUUUAACCCAAACUCCUGCACUUGGAUGCGCAUUUUGCAUAUUAAAUAAUUUGCAUACUAGUGUAUGCACACGUGAAAGAGAGAUUAACUUGUCUACAUGCCUUAUAUAUCGCCACACUGACUUGCAAUAUUUGAUAGACAUCAGCUUUUUGUAGGCCUCAGAAGUCUUUUGUACUAAGGCUUCACAUUUUUUUUUCAUCUUUGAUAAAAUAAAGCCCCUUGUAUCAAGAUGCCACCCGCUGCCAUCUUGCUUUUCUUCCUGUUUGGCCCUGUGGUCUCCACAGUGACUAUUACCUCGGAACGCUCCUCCGUGAAUGGGGGCCCGGUGCUGCUUCUGUUGCGAGGACGCAGCCGCAAGUUCCCUCAGCCCGAUGUGCGGGGCAAGGAGGCAGCUGCCAUGGCAGCAGAUCCAGAGGCAGCCGAGAUCCCUCCGAGACCACUGCCGCAGAUUAUGAUACCCCGCAACGUGACGGCCGAUGCCCUGAAGCCCCCACUGGGUGCCGCGCAGGUCGCCCCUCCUCCUCGGCGACUGGUGGACGUGGACGUGUGUCAGGGCUACUACGAUGUGAUGGGACAGUUUGACAACACUUUCAACUGCACCAAGGGCACCUACAUCUACUGCUGCGGCACCUGCCAUUAUCGCUUCUGCUGCGAGCACCAGCGCAACCGUCUAGACCAAGACUCCUGCACUAAUUACCGCUCACCCGACUGGGCCGUCACGGCGGGACCUAUCACCCAGCCUCCCAUCCGACACGACCCAGAUUUCGACCCGCUGCAGCAACAGAACAACAACACGGCUUACGUCAUUGGAGGAGUCAUCUCUUUUACCAUGGCUAUGGCCAUUGGGGUUAAAGUGGCCUUCCAUAAACUGUCUCGACGACCGAGGAACAGAGACAUCAACAUGCCUAGAGCGCUGGUGGACAUUCUGCGUCACCAGUCCAGUCCAGUCCAGCAAGGAGAGAGGAACAACAGCACGGUCCUCACAACCGCCACCUCCAGCGAGGGCACGCUGGGGCGGACGUCGAAAAGCUUCUAUGCUCCCAUCCUCCAGAGCAAAGACAACCGGACUGGGAAACACAGUUUUGGCCAGACUGGGUCCAGUCCUAAACACACAGCUACUAUCGAGAGAGUUCCACGCAUGAACAACACCCAGCUGGCCUCCACAGGAACACUGCUGUCCAGCAAGCACAAUAAUUCUGGCUUUCACCCUUCCUUCUCUCACUCCUUCCACAACCUUGCCCAGCUACCUCCAUCAUACGAGACCGUCAUGAAACCAGAGCUCAACCGCUACAGUUCCCUCAAGAGACUAGAGAAAAACUUGGAUGAAUAUUCCGGAUAUUACACCUCCAGGCGAAGGCCAGACAAUGCACCACCCAGCUUCCACUCCUCCCAGCACCACCUGCCCUGGGGUGGUGACUUCACACUGGGUGCCCGAGGUACCCUCCCGCUAAACACUUCCCACACGCGCAUCCACGUGCCCAGUUCCACUUCCACCCCCAACCCCUACCCAUUACCCCAGAUGCAGUACAACCCCACAUUCGACACGAUGAGUAAACCGCCUCGCCGGGUGAUGUCCCAAGAACAGCUUCUGGCGCUGGGGGAGGGGAACCCUCUUUCACGCCUCUCCAAGAACCAGCAGCAUCUGUAUUACAAACCCAUGACCACCAGCAAGAGCUCCAACACCCAGACUUUGCGCAAGUCUCACGAACGCCUCCUGGUGUCUCCGGACCGCCUGGAGGAGCGAAUGAUGGGUGAUUACGGCGGGAUGGUGCCCACCAUGUCCCGUCUCACCCACCACCAUAAAGCGCAAUCCCAGCAGAACGUGUGUGUGACGCCCUCGCUCGACCGCCAUCACAUGAUCAAAAUGAAUUCGCACCCUACCUCCGGCCGUGAGCAAGACCACACAGUCGCCACCAUGUCCUCCGGUCAUGGGGCCGGGAGUUUGGGAUGGGGGGAGGUCCACGGCUCCGGAGGAGGACCCGGAGCGAUGGCGCACAGCGCUCGACGGAUGGCCUUCGCCUCGAAACGCCAGAACACCAUUGAACAGCUGCAUUUCCUCCACGGGGGAGGUGGGGGAGGGGGCGUAGGGGGUGGAAGUCAGGCGCUGAGGACGGGGAGCAAGAACGAAGUAACCGUGUGAGCGCAAAAAGAAAGAUAGUAAGGAGAUGAUGGAUAGAUGAGGUGUGAUUGCGCAAACCGAAGGGUGGGAAGAUGAAGUGUAAAAAAGGCUGAAGACAGAAACAAAGAAUGGAAAGGAGGAAGGAAAUAAGAAAGGGGUCAGAAAUUAGGCCCAUAUGAAGGGAAUACACAAUGUAUUGCUAUUGAGAGAAAGAGGGAUGUAAAAACUAUAGCAUAAGUGAUUCUGUAGAUCCCUAAAUUGCCAAAUUCUCAAUAAAUAGAAAUGUGAAGAAGGGCCCAGGUCUCCUCUGACCUGUGAGUAGCAAAUAGUGUUUCCAUGGCACUAUUCAGACAUGAUCUGAGGAGAUACCAAAAGGAAAAGAUUAAUUAUUAGAAUAGGCAAUGUUUUCUCUAGUUAGUACAUUCCAGCUGAUGUAAAAAAUUGUUUUAGGCGUUAAUUUGUUUUUUCCUGAAUCCAAUGAUACAGUUGACCUUGCCUCCAAAUUUUUGGUUUCAUUCAACGCAAAGUCAUUCGCAAAGAGGUGUGUCACAUUCAUCAGUAAAAUAAGGGAACAAUGAGAUAUACUGGAUGAAACUGACAAGUGUCCAGUAGUACACUGAAUUACCUCACGGAAACAAUGAUUUGACCAGUCUCAAAUCUUAUCUGACUUGACUUGGCAAUGGAUUAUGACUUGGGGAGUACUGUGCACAUUAAGCAGUUUGCCAUCAAGUGAAGAAAAUACUGGUAAUUCAUCAGAGAGAAGAACUUGAGGGCUUGAAAAAUGUCACUCAUUUUGUGACCUGACACUUUAGUCUGCACUGAUAAUAUAAAUCCAAAUGCCAACAGCCAUAUUAGAGCUUAUUCAUAUGGAGUAUAAUGGAGGAAAACAGUCAUUGGGACACAGGUGUUAUACUGACGAUCAGAGAUUUUUAGCCUCCUAUACUGAGACUGCAUCAAAGCUGACAAGAAUACUUGUGGGUUUGAUUUUUUUUGCAUUGUGGAUAACAUUUUGGCUGUUUUAUGAUAUUAUCAAAUGGCUGUCAGAUUGAUGGGUAAAUCAGGUCUGGACUAAAAAUGCUCGAGCAGACAGACAUUUGGAAGUUUAAUUCAGCCAUUGAAAUCUGAUAGAAGUCAUGCCUCUUUCUUGCAUGUUUGACCAAUCAGAGAACAGCUUUGUAUGACGUCCUGGAGUCAUUACAGAUGUUCUGUUAUUUAUAAGCAUUAAGAGCAGAGAUUUAAUCAUGGGCAUGCAGUAAUGUCAAAUAAGACAGCAUACUCUUCAUACUUAAUUUGCAACUCGAGCUGUUGUAUUGAAGGGUGAAAGGGUAAAGAGUUUGGUUAUACAAUGGACAAUUUAUUCCAAGGGCUAUUCUGAAACUUCAUGUGUGUCUGUGCUUCCGUGUUCUGACGGCUUUUUAUCUUUUCCCUGUGACACGGCUGUGCGGAACAUAGGCUAUAUGCCAAUGAGUGUACAAAACAGAAAAACAGAACAAAAUCUGCAAAGCUACUUCAAACACUCUGUCACACUAGGAUGCAUUAUUAUCUAACCAAUGAGUUAGGAUUUAGGAUUAAAAGGUGUCUUGUUUAUCUAUAUUAUAUUCAAGAAAAAUAAAUGUCUUUUUUGUUAGCAAUUUCUGUGUUUUUCAGCUGUCUCCACAUCAAAUGGACACUGUUGUGGUGGAAUGUCUGAGAAUGACCUGGCUGAGCAAGAUUAUUGGGCCAUAAUAUAGUAUUUUAGAUCACUCUGCAAUGUUUAAGCUUUUAUUAACUUUAACUGAAUUUAAAUACGUCAAAAAAGGUUUAAAAAAAUCAAUUAAAUCCCGAAUGUUCAAAUAUGUAC